AUGCUAACGAGAAAGAUUAAGCUUUGGGACAUCAAUGCCCAUAUAACCUGUCGUCUGUGCAAUGGAUACCUGAUUGAUGCCACUACUGUUACAGAAUGCUUGCAUACUUUCUGUAGGAGCUGCCUAGUGAAGUAUUUGGAGGAAAACAACACCUGUCCGACCUGUAGAAUUGUUAUACAUCAGAGCCACCCGUUACAGUAUAUUGGUCAUGACCGAACAAUGCAAGAUAUUGUUUACAAACUUGUGCCAGGCCUCCAAGAAGCGGAAAUGAAAAAACAAAGGGAGUUUUAUCAUAAACUGGGCAUGGAAGUUCCAGGGGACAUCAAAGGGGAGACAUGUUCUACAAAACAGCACCUAGAUUCCCAUCGAAAUGGUGAAACUAAAACAGAUGAAAAUUCAAACAAAGAAACUUCUGAGGAAAAGCAGGAAGAAGAUAAUGAUUACCAUCGAAGUGAUGAACAGGUAAGCAUCUGCUUGGAGUGCAACAGCAGCAAAUUGCGUGGAUUGAAACGAAAAUGGAUUCGCUGCUCAGCACAAGCAACAGUCUUGCAUCUAAAGAAGUUCAUUGCCAAAAAACUUAACCUUUCUUCUUUUAAUGAGCUGGACAUAUUAUGCAAUGAAGAGAUUCUUGGCAAGGACCACACACUCAAGUUUGUAGUUGUUACUAGAUGGAGAUUCAAGAAAGCACCUCUACUGCUACAUUACAGACCCAAAAUGGACUUGCUGUAAGAGAACUUUAUUGUCCUUUUGGACAGAGUUUUUUGCAGAGACUAUCAUCUGGCACCUUCUUAGUGCAUCACUAAUCACACAACACAAACCAGCUGAAUAAUUUUGGAAGACUAUAGUGCUUUCAUAGCAGACUGUACUUCUGAAUAUUUGUUCUAGGGAUGUGUUACCUAGAUUGCUGGAUGGAAAAUAUUUAUACUUUUUUUGUAUGGAAGAAAGAAGUUGCAACUCAACAUGACACUACCAGCACUAAGUUUACAGAUACUGAAAACACUUCACAGUUCUAUGUAGCUCAGCCCAAUUUAAUCUCUUACAGUUAUACAGGAAUAAUUUAGAAAGUUGUGGGGUGAUUUUAAAAUGUUGCUUUUUACACCAAGAUGCAUUUAUUUACUUUUCACAUUCUGAAUCUUUAAAAACUAUAUUUUUGCAAAGUGUUACUGUCUUAUAUACUAUGCCUGAUUGCAUUGGCUU